AUUCUUCUUAACAAGCUUUCCAGUUAAUAUAAAUAUAUUUCUCACAAAAGUUCGAACUUAGGUAAACAUAUAUAGCCAAAAUGGAGUCAUAUUCAUAUAAAAUGUAUUCUUCUUCUUUCUCUAGUUCAAGUUCUUUUGCUGUUCAUCCACAAGAAGAAAAGAAAGAAAAACCAUACAAUUCUUCUCUCCGUAGAGUUCGCAGCCUUCCAUCCAAACCAAUCACCAAGAAACCCAUAGCUCCAUCUCCACCAAUUCCCCCUAAAAUCUAUAGGGUGGAAGCUGUUAAUUUCAGAGAUUUUGUCCAAAUGCUAACCGCAGCACCUGAAUUUCAAUCCCACUCCAAUUCCCCCUAUGGCUUCGGCUCCGGUCGUUUACAAGAGGUCGCACCUCCUCCUCUUGAUCUCUCACCAAUCUCACUAUCAAGUAACAAUAAUAGUGAUGGGCAAUUGAAAGAAUUCCUUCCUCCCUCCUCCUCCAAAAAUUCAAUGAUCGAUGAUAUCAACUACUGAGGCUAUUAAUGAGUCAAUUAGUGAAGCACAAGAAAGACAUGUUAGACCACGAUUUCCAUCAGACAACACUAUUUCUUCUUUUGCAUGGUGUUCCUCUCUUUUGAGCCCUGGCACACUCACUCCUUUGGAUUCAAACGCCGUUCUCUAACACCCUUGCUCACAGGCGGAUUCAGAAUUUAUAUUUGAUGAAUUUAGAAUAAUUGUGGUAGACUUUAUAUAGUUCGAUCGAGUAGAAAGCACUGGCGUUUGAACCCGCUCUCUAAACUCGCCACUGUAUUUACUAUACGCUCAGCUCAUCUACAAGUGCAUGGGAGCUCAAUUUCUCAUUAUUUACUAGAUCAGCGGUACAUAUAAGUGGGUGGAGUAAGAGUUUGAAUUACCACUAAAAGAAGUCGCAAUUCAGAUUCUUGAAUUUGCAUUGUUUGGUUUUUUGUUCGUCGUCCACCUCUAAUAUAAUUCUAAUUCCAAAAAAUAAGAUGUGUUGUAAUUUUCAACGUUAAGUAAAAUCCAAGCGUAUGGAUUAGAGUUUGCUCUUUGUACUUCUGGAGAAGAAAUAUUUGAUAUAUAAGGUAGCCUCUUUGUGAUUACUACCCAAUUAUAGCGCACAGGCGAUAUAGUGUACGUUCUCCAAUCAACUGUAUG